GUAUCGAAUACUUGAAAACCUCACAAUCGAAAUAAUAAUAAAAAAAAGUAAUAAUAAUUUCGCUGCUGUUGUGUGUGUUGCUGUGUUGAUUUGCGUUGGUGUGUCGAGAGAGCCGCGGCUCAUCGCGGGUGCUAUCUUAAUUUUCUAAAAUUUUUAUAAUUUAAUAAAAUAUCAUUUAUUGUGUUUAUAAAUAAUAAUAGUUUAAAGUGCCGAAUGCUCGGAUAUUGUUCGUUAAAUGUUUGUGAAUAAUGUCGAAUCCUGGUGUCAGCAGGAGAAACGGGGCGAUCAAGAUACGCCUGACGAUUCUCUGUGCCCGCAAUUUAGCAAGAAGAGAUUUAUUUCGACUCCCUGAUCCAUUUGCCAAGGUUAUUGUCGAUGGUUCGGGACAGUGUCAUAGUACUGAAACUUGUAAAGCGACACUCGACCCCAAGUGGAAUCAGCAUUAUGAUUUAUAUAUUGGUAAAAAUGAUGGAAUUACCAUAUCAGUCUGGAAUCACAGAAAAAUACAUAAAAAACAAGGAGGUGGUUUUUUAGGAUGUGUUAAAAUACAAUCAAGUACAAUACAAAGACUCAAAGAUACUGGAUGUAUAAUAGAUCAACGUUUAGAACUUUGUAAAGCACAAAUAGAUGAUACUGAUGUUAUUAAAGGACAAAUAGUUGUAUCAUUAUUAUCAAGAGAUGGACAUAAUGGUGCAGUGAGUAAUACAGUUGGUCAUAAUGCUGUUGUUGAUGUGCUUGGUGAGUUAAGUUGUCCAACUGAUUUACCAGAUGGUUGGGAAGAAAGAAGAACUGAAAUUGGUAGAUUAUAUUAUGUUAAUCAUUAUACUAAAACAACACAAUGGACACGUCCAAAUUCAAGAAAAAAUAAUGGUAUAAUAUCAACAACACCAGAACCACCAGCAUUAUCAUUAUCUGAGCCAACAUCACCAAGUAGUAGUGGUUCACCAUCAGCACAAAUUGAAAAUAAUAAUAAUAAUACAUCAUUAAAUAGAAGUCAAGAAUUAUGGAAUGGUAAUAUAACACCAAAUAGAGUAUCAAGUCGUGAUAAUUCUGCUCAAAAUACACCAAGAAAUACACCAACUCAAAAUCAUCAAAGUAAUAAAAAUACACCACCACCACCAUUACCACCACCUCCAUCACCAGUUACAACAUCAUCAUCAUCAACAACAACAUCAUCAUCAUCAUCAAGUGUAAGAGAAAGAAGAGCAAGAAAUUGUGAUGAUAUUAAUACAACAAAUUCAACUGUUAAUGGUAGAAUACAAACAUCAGUACAACCACGUAGACCAAGUCGUCAAAAUAGAAGUAGAAAUGGUGGUAGUGAAAGGAGAAAUGAAUCACAACCACUUGAUCUUCCACGUGGUUAUGAAAUGCGACAAACACAACAGGGACAAGUUUAUUUUUUUCAUGUACCAAGUGGUGCAUCAACAUGGCAUGAUCCACGUAUACCUCGUGAUUUACCAGCAAAUGAAUUAGCAAAUGAAUUAGGACCAUUACCAAGUGGCUGGGAAAUGCGUCAAACACCAAGUGGUAGAGUUUAUUUUGUUGAUCAUAAUAAUAAAACAACACAAUUUACUGAUCCAAGAUUAUCAACUCAAAUUAUAAAUAAUUUAUUAAAACGUCAAAAUAAUAAUGGACAACAACAACAACAACAACAACAACAAAAUAAUCAAAUUGGUAAUACAAGUAAUUCAACAACAACAAGAAAUGAUGAUAAUAAUAGUGUUAAUAAUGAAGCACCACCACCUCUUGCACCAAUAUCAACAACAACAUGUUCAGUUGCACCAAAUAUUAUUAUUAAUCAUUCAUUAAAUCGUUCAAUAAGUACAACAAAUAAUAAUUUAUCAUUAAAUGAAAAUAACAAUAUAAAUAACAUUAAUAAUAGUAAUAAUAUUAAUAAUAAUAGUACAACAAUAAAUCAAACAAUAUCUGAUUUACCAAAAGAAUUAAUGGAAAGUGAAUUAUUACCAAAAUAUAAACGUGAUCUUGUUGCAAAAUUAAAAUGUUUACGAGGUGAAUUAAAUGCAUUACAACCACAAAGUGGUCAUUGUCGUCUUGAGGUAUCACGUAAUGAAAUAUUUGAAGAAUCAUAUCGUUUAAUAAUGAAAAUGCGUCCAAAAGAUAUGAGAAAACGUUUAAUGGUUAAAUUUCGUGGUGAAGAAGGUCUUGAUUAUGGUGGUGUUGCACGUGAAUGGCUUUAUUUAUUAUCACAUGAAAUGCUUAAUCCACAAUAUGGUUUAUUUCAAUAUUCACGUGAUGAUAAUUAUACAUUACAAAUUAAUCCAGAUUCUGGUAUUAAUCCAGAACAUUUAUCAUAUUUUCAUUUUGCUGGUAGAAUAAUUGGUAUUGCUGUAUUUCAUGGACAUCAUGUUGAUGGUGGUUUUACAAUGCCAUUUUAUAAAAUGUUAUUAAAUAAAAGUAUAACAUUAAAUGAUAUUGAAGGUGUUGAUCCAGAUUUACAUCGUAGUUUAACAUGGAUGUUAGAAAAUAGUAUUGAUGAUGUUCUUGAUUCAUCAUUUUCAGUUGAACAUAGUUCAUUUGGUGUAUUACGUAAUCAUGAACUUAAACCUGGUGGUAAAGAUAUUACAGUUAAUGAAGAAAAUAAACUUGAAUAUGUUAAGUUGUAUGUUAAUUAUCGUUUUAUGAGAGGUAUUGAACAACAAUUUUUAUCAUUACAAAAAGGUUUUCAUGAAUUAAUACCACCACAAUUAUUACGUCCAUUUGAUGAACGUGAACUUGAACUUGUUAUUGGUGGUUUAGGUAGUAUUGAUAUAGCUGAUUGGAAACUUCAUACUAGAUUAAAACAUUGUACACCUGAUACACCAGUUGUCAAAUGGUUUUGGCAAAUUGUCGAAUCAUAUGGUGAAGAAAUGAGAGCAAGAUUAUUACAAUUUGUAACUGGUAGUUCAAGGGUACCACUUCAAGGCUUUAAAGCAUUACAAGGUUCAACUGGUGCUGCUGGACCACGUUUAUUUACAAUUCAUGCAGUUGAUGCACCAAGUGAAAAUUUACCAAAAGCACACACAUGCUUCAAUAGAAUAGACAUACCACAGACUUAUCCGUGUUAUCAAAAAAUGCUUGAUAAAUUAACACAAGCUGUUGAAGAAACUUGUGGUUUUGCUGUUGAAUAAUCUCAGUCUGUUAUUGGCCUGAGAUGUCAUCAUUUAUUAACACAAAAUAAAAUAUGGAAAAAUUGAGUUGAACGAGUGGCGUUAUUAAUAUUGUCACAGUCAAUUAAUAAUCAUAUCAUUGAUCUGAUAGUGAAUAAAAAUAUAUAUCAUUUAGAAAAUGAUAAAAAUAUUUGUCAGCUAUUGUCAAAUAUUUUUAAUUAUUUAAACAUAUUUUACAAUCAUGAGGUAGAUAUUGAAAAUCUAUUAUUUGACUGAUUGAAAAAUCCAUAUCAACGUGUGAUUUGUUUUAUCUAGAUGAAUUUGUGAAAAUAAUAAUAAUUAAAACAAUAAGAGACAUAAAAAAUGACCUUCAAAAGUUCAGUGAUGUUAUUUAUUGGUAGGAAAAAAUAAUUAUAAUAAGUGAUUUAUCAAAUUAUAUCUCUCAAUCGAUAACAACUUCUGCAAUGAAGUUUUUUUUUUUUUUUGUUUUUUAUAAGAGCAUGUACAUAAUUAAGCUCGUUAAAUAUUUAAAAUAUUAAAACCGAAUAUUAUCAAUGGUUAAAUAAAAUAUGUGAAUAAACGAUAAUAAUAUUAAAUUAAUUAGGCAAAAAAAAAAGAAAAAUUUAGAAAAAGAAAUAUGUUAAAAAAAAUGUUUAGGAAAAAAUUAUCAAGUCAAAAUUUGACGUAAAAAAAAAAAAGAUAUAUAUUUAAAAAAAAUAUAUAACACGUACUUUUAAUUGAAAAAAAAUUAAUCUAUUUAGAAAUUUUAAUUGUGAAGAAAUCGGGUAGAGGUAUAGACUCAAUCGAAAUUAUUAAAUAGAAAACUUGAGAGUCUUUUGUGCCUUAAUGCCGAUAUACACACAAAAAAAAAAAAAACAUGAUAAAUUUCAAUCACAAUGUUCAUAUCAUUUUGGCAAUCAACAAUCAUAUCUAAAUAAUUAUUAUCAAUCACUAACUAUUGUUUAUUUGAUACAUCAAUUAUUUAUUAAUAUUAUCAACAAAAAAAAAUUAUAUAUAGCGUUGUAGUUGGUCCUCUUGUACGACUAAUUAUUUUAUUGUAUUUUUUAUCUUCUUUCAAUUUCGAUGACCUGUACGACUGGAAGUGUCCGACUGUCAAGAGUGCCUUUAAGAAAAUUUAAAAAAAAAAAUAAAACCUAUUGUUAAU